CUGCGCCGCGGGCGGAAGGUCGUCCCUGUGACCGGCCUGGCGGUUGAAGCGGUUGUCGCCAUGUUGUCGGUCGCCGCCCGCUCGGGCCCGUUCGCGCCCGUCCUGUCCGCCACAUCCCGCGGGGUGGCGGGCGCGCUGCGGCCUCUGGUGCAGGCCGCGGUGCCCGCCGCCCCGGAGCCGCCCGUGCUGGACGCGAAGCGGCCCUUCCUGUGCCGGGAGUCGCUGAGUGGCCGGGCCGCGCGCCGGCCCCUGGUCGCCUCCGUGGGCCUCAAUGGCCCUGCUUCUGUUCGUUACUCCCACACGGACGUCAGGGUGCCUGACUUCUCCGACUAUCGGCGCGCUGAGGUUUUAGAUGGUGCCAAGUCCUCGAAAGAGAGCAGCGAGGCCAGGAAAGGCUUCUCCUACUUGGUAACCGCAACGACCACCGUGGGCGUCGCCUAUGCUGCCAAGAACGUGGUCUCCCAGUUCGUUUCCAGCAUGAGUGCCUCUGCCGACGUGCUGGCUAUGUCCAAAAUUGAAAUCAAGUUGUCCGACAUCCCAGAGGGCAAGAACAUGGCUUUCAAGUGGAGAGGCAAGCCCCUGUUUGUGCGCCACAGAACCAAGAAGGAAAUCGAGCAGGAGGCCGCGGUCGAGGUGUCCCAGCUGCGGGACCCGCAGCAUGAUCUCGAGCGCGUGAAGAAACCGGAGUGGGUCAUCCUGAUAGGCGUCUGCACUCACCUCGGCUGCGUACCCAUCGCAAACGCAGGCGAUUUCGGCGGCUAUUACUGCCCGUGCCACGGGUCGCACUACGACGCGUCUGGCAGGAUCAGAAAGGGGCCUGCCCCGCUCAACCUGGAGGUCCCCUCGUACGAGUUCACCAGUGACGACAUGGUGAUCGUGGGUUAGAGACUGGACUCGGGCCGCCGGCUUCUCUCCGUGUUCACGUCGCCUCGGAGGGUCACUCGAGAGCGGGCCUUCUGUGCUUGAAGGGGCUGAUCUGAAAUAUUUAAGAAUCGCUAAUAAUGUAUUUGCAAACAUCAACGUGGAGUAAAUCGAGUUUCUUGUUGAAUGCUUUCAAGCAUUCGGUUAAUAAAGCCACUGUUAAGCGUU